CUGUCAUCAAAUCCUAUCCAAAAAGGAGACUGGUUUACACUUUACACGUUGCAUCGGUACGCCUUAUCCAUAAAGAAAAAAUAAAGCUAUCCCAUCAGCCGCACCCACAAUAAACCAAUUGUUUUCCCCAAGAACCGUAAAACAAAACACCUAUUGAACAAUGAUGAAGGCCUUCUCCCUCAAUUCCUCCUCACUUCCUCGUCCAAGCAUCACCCCCAGGUAUGGAUUUGCAAAAUCUCAGUUUCGGCUUCCCCAGCAGAGAAAAAACUUCGGUGCCAGCAACAGAAACCCCAACGUUUGCUGGAUGACAAGAGUGGGAGUGAAAGUGCACUCCCCAGCUUCUGUGCCUGUCCGAGUUGCACAUGAGCUUCUACAAGCUGGUCAUCGUUACUUGGAUGUCAGGACCAUUGAAGAGUUUGAGGCUGGUCAUGCUGCCGGGGCCGUAAACGUACCUUACAUGUUUAAAGUUGGAUCAGGCAUGUCAAAGAACCCCAAUUUUUUGGAUGAAGUACUGAAACACUUCCGGAAGGAUGAUGAAAUUAUUGUUGGAUGCCAAUCAGGCAAGAGAUCGUUUAUGGCUGCAUCUGACCUUGUUUCUAAGGGUUUCACUGGAGUUACGGAUAUAGCUGGCGGAUAUGCUGCCUGGACACAAAAUGGGCUUCCCGCUGAGUAAUGAAGUGAUCCAAAUUUGGUUCCUUAACACCACAUCAUCGUUUACUUACCCUAUUAAUCAAAACAUGUUACCCUUACUGCAAAUAUUAAUGUAAAUAAAAGUUAUACUAGAAAUUUUAGAAGACUGAAAUUUAUUUGAUCUGUUUAAAUCUGACUUGAUCUGAUCCGGACGGGGCUACAUAUGUCUCUUUUAUACGGAGUAUAUAUUUUAUAUAUAUUGAGUGUGUUCUGGUACGGAAUUGAAACCAGUCCCACUAAUAAACAUCUUUUAAUUGUCACUACAAUGAAAGAUGUCACUUCUUAAGUGAUUAUUAUUUGUUCACGGUUUAA